UCGGCGCCGCUUCCCAGCCCAGAAGCUUCCAGGCGGGAGGAGCCGGCAGAGGCAGCCCCGCCAUCGGCAGGGGAGGCGAGGCGAGGCGAGCGCAGGUCCGGCCAGCGGCUGUCCCGCCAGGCGUCCCGGGGAGGCAGAGAGCGGGGAGCCCCUUGCAAGCUUGCCCGACCCGGCCGGGAAAGGAGGCUUGGAAGGUCCCGUCGCAGCGCUUUGUCAGCGGCUGCUUGCAGGCGGCAGCGGCGGCGGCGGCUGGGCGCGCUCCCGGACCGGCUCCCGGCGGAGGCUCCGAGCACCGGCGCGCACUGUCCCAGGCCGGCUCGGCUGCUGCUCGGUGCUGGUGCUCGGCCGCCUGCCCGCCCGCCCCGCCCCGUCCCUGUGGAGGAGGAGGAGGAGGAGGACGGGCCCCCAACGCCGGCCGACCGCCUGCCCGCCCGUCCUUGCGCGCUGCGCCCCGGGCGAGCCGAGCCGAGGCGGGGAGGCGCGGCGCGGCUCUAACAGGUGGGAUCCCGAGGCGAGGGGGCGGAGGAGGCAGGCGGGCGGCGAGCACAGCAGCAGCGGCGGCCCCAGCGAGAGGAGGGAGCAGCCCAGCCCAGCCGGCGGAGCGCAGCGCAGCGCCCGGACCGUCCCCGAGCGCCGCUGCCCGGAUAGCCUCGCCUGGUCCCGCCGCGCCAGCCGGACUCCUCCUCCGCCUCCUCCUCCUCCUCCACUACCUCUCGCCCGCCUCCGCCGCGCCAGGCAGGGCGCAGCAGCGCUCGCUCUCUCGCUCCGGCCGGGACAGGAGGACUCCCUCGGCUCGCCCGCCAUGCCCAAGCCGCCGCCGCCGCCGCCUCCUCCUCCUCCUGCGCCGCUGCUGCGGUCGGCCGGCGGGAACCGCCCCGGGGACAGCGAGCUGGGCCGGCAGUUCCGGGACUGGUGCCUGCGCACCUACGGCGACUCGGCCAAGACCAAGACGGUGACCCGGAGCAAGUACCAGCGCAUCGCCGAGGUCUUGCAGGGGGGCGGCGGCAGCAGCAGCAGCAGCGGCGGCAACGGAGGCGGCGGCGGCGGGGGGGAGAAAGGCAAGUUCCAAUUCUGGGUGCGCUCCAAAGGCUUCCGCCUGGGCAACGGCACCCGCGAGCCGCCGCCGGCCGCCAAGAUGGGACCCGGGGUGGUCGUCUACGUGCCGGUCAAGACGGGGACGGGGGCAGAUGGCCUGUCGGAGCCCGAGGGCAUCGCACUCAAGCGCGUGGCUGUGGUGGAAGACUUCUUCGACAUCAUCUACUCGAUGCACGUGGAGAGCUCGGCCGAGCCGGGCAAGGCCCCCAAGCACGCCGGGCAGAAGAAGACCUACCGGGCGAUUGCGGAAACGUACGCCUUCCUCCCACGAGAAGCCGUGACCAGGUUCCUGAUGAGCUGCACCGAGUGCCAGAAAAGAAUGCAUUUUAACUCCAACGGUGUGGAACCUAAAGAAAACGAGUCCCCUUCCUCGCUGGUCUCGGGCAUCAUCGAUUACAACAUGCCUCUCACCUCCACUUACCUGAAGCAGAUGAAGCUCCGAGUGAUGAAUUCCCAGGAACAGGAUGAGACCUCGGUGAGCAGCAGCGAGGAGUUUGAUAUGAAUGACUCCACAUGGAUGUCAGCUGAUCAGCAGCUCCAGGCCAGCCUCAGCCCCCAGCAAGAGGAAACGAUGCGGAGCCCCCAAAAUGUCCACAGCCAGGAGGAUGACGAUUCCUCUUCGGAGAGUUGCAGCGGGAAUGGCUCCUCUACCUUGAACCCUUCAACCUCCAGCAGCACUCAGGGCGAUGCCACCUACACCGAGGUGAAUGGCAAUGGAGCGGGCGCCCCCAUGGAUUUCAGUGCCUCGUCGGAGGACCAGCCCAUCAACCUCUGCGACAAGUUGGCCCCGGCUCACGUUGCCAAUGCCUACCAGUCGGACAGCUGCAGCGCCGACGGUCUGCGCAGCCGGACGAAGUACGGAGCCAAAAGCACAACAGAGUCCCCUCCCUACAGCUCCGGCAGCUAUGACUCGGUCAAGACGGAGGUCAGCGGAUGUCCCGAAGACCUGACCGUGGGCAGAGCUCCCACUGCCGACGAUGACGAUGACGACCACGAUGACCACGAGGACAAUGACAAGAUGAACGACUCGGAGGGCAUGGAUCCCGAGCGGCUAAAGGCUUUCAAUAUGUUUGUGCGUCUCUUCGUGGACGAGAACCUGGACCGGAUGGUACCCAUCUCCAAGCAGCCCAAAGAAAAGAUUCAGGCCAUCAUCGAAUCCUGCAGCCGGCAAUUCCCGGAGUUCCAGGAACGAGCUCGCAAACGCAUCCGCACUUACCUCAAAUCUUGCCGUCGCAUGAAGAAGAACGGCAUGGAAAUGACCAGGCCGACCCCUCCUCACUUGACCUCAGCCAUGGCCGAGAACAUCCUGGCAGCUGCUUGUGAAAGUGAGACGCGGAAAGCAGCCAAGCGGAUGCGCCUUGAGAUCUAUCAGACGUCACAGGACGAGCCAGUCACACUAGAGAAGCAGCAGUCCCGGGAUUCGUCCACCUCCGUCACGCAUUCCUCCUAUUCACUGCCAGCCUCUUCCUUCUCCCAGGACCCCGUCUACAUCAACGGGAGCCUGAACUACAGCUACCGCAGCUAUGGGACGCUGGGAGGCAAUUUGCAGCCGACUCCUUCACUCCAGACAGGAAAUCACAGUAACGGCCCCACUGACCUCAGCAUGAAAAGUGGCACAUCCAGCGCCACCCCCCCAGCCAACAGCACGAACCGGGGGGUGCCAGCCGCCCAGCUCAGCCCAACCGAGAUCAGCGCCGUCCGGCAGCUGAUUGCCGGCUACCGGGAGUCCGCAGCCUUUCUCCUCCGCUCGGCAGACGAACUGGAAAACCUCAUUUUACAGCAGAACUGACUGCUGGUCUCCCUGGGGCUCCUGUGCCGGAAGAGACUGACGUCCAUCAGGCUUUCUUGAUAAAUCUGCUCAGGACUGGCCGAUCCUCUGCCUAUCAACGCCCGCCCACCCAUCCACCUACCCAGGCACAGGUUGGAGACCCCCCCCUCCCCAUCCCACCCCCGAAAGAUCCUUUUGUUCUUCUUCGUCCUGGAGCCGGGGCACCUCCCACCCCCCACUCGGGAGCCCUUCUGCCUUUGAAAGCCGACCAAGCCGGUGCUCUCUGCCAACUGGAGCCAGCCUCACAGCCUGGAAAGAUGGGGACCACGGUGGGUUUGGGGGAGCAGAGAGGGGGGGUGUCGGGCUGGCAGUCAGGAUUUUCUCGCGGAGCCCAGCAACGGUAGAGCUCUCUUCCCGCCCCCAGCUCUCUUUCUAUUCCCCCCCGCCCCUUUCUUCCGUCUUAGGAAUUGCAUAUUUAUUGAGAAAUGCCCCCGUCCCUCCAGCCCCUCGUUUUUUCUCCUCCUCCCCCCCACCCAUAAUUUAUUUUUUUUCUAAAAAAAAAAAAAGCAUUCUUGAGUUUGUACAGAAUUGCCAUUUUUUGUGUGUGUGUCUCUCCAUGAGUGAAAGGGGGGGAGGGUUUGAUUCUUGCACCAUGUCCAUCUACCGUCCCGCCAAAGGGACCAACCAGGCUCGGAAGCCCCCCACAACCUCCUUUGGGCCACUCGAGCCCCACUUUUGCCUGGGGGGGGGCAACGCCGGGGCCCAAAGCCUGUCUUGUCGGGAGGAAUUGCAGGACUCAUUUUAGAGCCAAAGCUCCAUAGCAGCAGCCUUCCUCCACCUCCUCCUCCUCCACACUCUACCUCACUCCUGGGUGCUCCCUGCAGGCCCCGGCUCUCCUUCAAGGGGCCCGAAGUGGCCCCUGGCUGCAAGGCUUGCGAGAGAGCGGCAAAGCACUCCCACACGGAAAGCGUGUGGACAGGGGCGACCGUGGGACCCAUUUGAGUCACGCUGGCAGAUUUGCAAAAGCAGAGGCAUCUGGAGCUUAUUUUUGGGGUCUGUGUGGGUGCAACGGGUUAGAGCCCCCCCCUUUUGUUUCUCCUCCUCUUCCUCCUCCAACCUCCCCCCUUGCAAAUGCAAAAAUGCACUUGCUGUUUUGCUCAGUGCAAUAUUGACCGUGCUGCUAUAUAUAACACGAAAGGACGGAGGAGCUGGGGCGAUUUUUAAGCAAAAGAAAAAGGCAGCGACCAACCAGAAUUGGUUUGGGGAGAGACCCAGGCCCAGUCUUGUUCUCCUCACCCUCUCCUACCCUCCCCAUUGUGUCCCCAAAGGACGAGCCACCCCUGCGAAUUUGGGCCGAGGGCACUAACCUUGGAUUCUUGGCUUAACGGGCAGGCCUGCAGCCGGUUCGCAUCUUUUCAAUGUAGGUUUCUUAUAAGCCAGGGACAUCCAAGCUCGACCAUGUUAAAGCCUGGUGGACUUUGAUUCCCAGAAUUCCCUGCUGGCCCAGAGAGGGUAUUCUGGGAGUCAAAGUUCGCUGGGCUUAACAUGGCCGAGCUUGGACGCUCCUAUUCUACGCCCAUCUACCUUCUUCUCACUCUGGUGCUCCAGAGCCAGGCUGGGAUUAGAACCUGGGACCACCUGCUCCCCGAGGCUUUGCAAGGCCUGGAGACCGAGAAGGGGUCAGCCUCUCUUGCUCCCACCCAGCUGUCCCCAAACCGAAGGGGGGGGGUCUACCAGGUGGAGGACAGGAUCCAUGGCUUCACUAGCAAUCCUAUCCGUUCCCCUUUGAUCUGACCCUCCUCCAGCCCCCUCCUCCCCUCCCCAUCCUGAGGGUCCCACCCGACUUUGUGUAAAUAGUUACUUGUGCCAGGUCUGACGCGCAACCGCCCUCGUGCAAACCGCUUAGGGUGUGUAACAGUGGCAGAGACAAUCGCCGUCCGGAAACACGUGAAGGUUCCCUUCCCUGUCUGCAACUCGGGGGGGGGGGGCUCAUCAGGAUUUGGGGAGGGGGGAUGGCUGUGCAAUUUUUUGGGGGGAGGGGGCGGCUGAUGACCCAGACCGGACACAGGCGAAACAGCUCCCUUGAUGUAAUUCGGGGUUAACCCUUAGCGCUGGCUGGUGGUUCCCCCCCCCCCCGGUCUUCCCGCACCUAUUUUACACGCUCCAAAGGGGCUCCCUGAGAUCAUCAAGAGGUGACACUCGCCCCGCCUGGAGUUUGACUUUUAGCCAUCCGUCUCUGGAUCCGAAAAUGUCGAUCUUACAAGCCAUGUUUUUUCUAAGAUUCUCGGGACAUCUGGGCAGGGGUCCAUCCUGGAUCCUGACCCCACCAGAGACCCUCUUUUCCGGGGUGUAUUUGUGGGAGGGGCUUGGCCGCUGCCCUCUUGGCACUUGGCACGGGGGGGGGCUUUGCAAGGCGAGCCCCCCCCCCUUCCCACCCUUCGACAGCAGCAUUUGGACCCCCUGGGGAAAGGCAUUGGUGGGACCUCCGGCAGAAAAAAGCCCCCGCCCGCCCGCCUCAAGCCCCCUGCCCCAUCUUUUAGAGGCCCCAAUUUUUUGGUCUUUAGCUGGCCAUCCCCUCGAUUAUUAACCAGUCCCUUUCCCAGAAAAAUGCUGCUUUGAACUCAGAGGGUUGGAAAAGAAAAAUACAACUUUGCUUUGUAUUUUGUUUUUUGUAAGACUUUUUACAAAGGUAGUCUUAGCGAUUUCCACCAAGGAAAAAAAAAAAUAACCGAUUUAAACAAUCUGUCCAUGGUCUGAAUUUUUUAUACCAUUUUCGUGGUGCUUUUAGAAAAGGAAAAAAAAAGUUUUUCUCUCUC